ACUGGGCGUGGGCGUGGCCACCGCGGGGGAUCAGGAUGAUGGAUCGUGGUCGUGGCGGGAUGGAUUUAUUUCCCUCCCACCUCGCCUCUGCUAUUAAAACGCCACCCCACCUCCGCACCCGCCAUUUUUAAUACCUCGCGCGCUGCUCGCUGCCGCCCUGCCGUGCCGUGCUGUCUCCGCUCUAGCUCAGUGCAGUGCUGCGGCCGGCUGCUGUCGUCGUCUCCGGGGCACGGAGAGAGAUGCGGGUUGGCGAUGGUGGUGAGAUUGGGGCGGGGCUCCGCGGCGGCGGGGGAGCGGUGGUGAGGAGGAGGAGGAGGAGGAGGUGCGGGGCCGUGGUGGAGGACGGGGAGGCGAGCGGGUGGUCGGCGAGCUCGACCAGCCGCGGGAGCAGCGCGCGCGGAUCCUCCGGCGGCGACUCGCCUUUAACCAGGUUCGUGCGCCGGGGUGGUCGACUGGGGACGGAUCCGGAGCGGGACGAGACGACGCUCACUUCCUCAUCCUCCUACGCUUCUGCAGGUUCCACGGAGCCACAGGAGGAGGACGACGAUGCCGCAUUAGAAGCGGCCAAGGACAAGAGGUGGGCACAUGCACGAGCACGACCCCAAGGGCAGCAGACCAAGAAUGCAGCAGUCCCCUGUUUCACUGGCGAACGCCAAGACCAGCAACGGCAUCGGUUGGGAGCUGUUCUUUUCCAAGGCAGCAGGAAGGACAGGGCGCAUCAGCGCCCGGCCUCGCUUGAUUUUGGCUCCCCUGGUGUUGCCAGAUCAUCAACGCAUUCUCCAGGGUUCCCGGUCACUGGUGUGGUCGGGGUGAUGAACAAGGGGUUGGGCAUAUCAAAUUCAUCACACGGUAGGCCAGACGUGAUGUCUAGUCCAGGGACACCGAGCUACAAUCGGCGUGGGAUGACGACAGGUGUUGGCUAUCAGCAGGGUUCGAAUUCUGAAAGAGCGAUCCCGCCUUCGGCCGGCCAUAGAUGGCAUCCGGGAAGCAGCAUGGUGUUGCCUUAUAGCAGUGGGAGGACACUGCCGUCGAAAUGGGAGGAUGCAGAGAGGUGGAUCUUCAGUCCUAACCCCAAUAAUAAUGCACUUGGGAGGUCAGUCCCGCAACUCUGGCGGCCGAAAUCCAAAAGUGGUCCUCUUGGACCUCCUGGUAGAUUUGGUGGAGCGUACUCUUGUGUUUCAUCAUCGACUCAGUUCCUUGACAAUGGUAGAGUUGGAAGUCUCGCUGUGAAUGCACCUUACUUGUCUGGGGUCUUGCUACCUGAGCAUGCUUGUGGGGGUGUUAUGGACUGGGGAAGGGAUCUAAGUGGAGUAUCGGGUGACGAUAGCAGCAAUGGCCGAGGAGGCAGGUCUGCUCAAAUGAAUGGUCGGCAUCCUGCUAUGCGGUCUGCCAGGGUUUCUCAGCAACCUGGUAGUGCAGUCGAGUCAUAUCAGUCAUUGCCUACUACUUCACUGGAAUCUAUACAAGAUGGCGUAAUUGAAAGCAUAAAAGACUCUGCCACUAGCAGUGCCCCCAUAAUUGUGAGGAAGGAUGUGGCAACACAAACAAGCCCUGAUAUUAGCAGGUCAUCUUCUCCCAGCAUGAGGGCUUCCUUCUCCCGUUCACUAUCGGCACAAGAAGUCAAAGAGCUGGAGAGUUGUUUCUCUAAGCUUGAGGUCAGGGAUGUGCAAGUGGAUGAUCGAGUUACUCUGACUAGGUGGUCCAAGAAACAUGUCACCCGAGGCUCUGACAAGAAUGCACCAAAUAUUAUUGAAUGGAAGAAAAAGACUGUGGAUUCUAAAUCUUCAUCAGAAACUGCAAAGUUAAUAUCAAAGAUUAACGGAGAGGAAGCAAAAAUGACUGCAUGGGAGAAUAUGCAAAAAACUGAAGCAGAAGCAGCCAUACAAAAGCUUGUGAUAAAAAUUGAAAAGAAAAGGCCAUACUCGCUGGAGAGGAUUUUCAACACCCUCAGGUCUGGCUCUUGGAAAACACAGGUGGUACACAGUACAUCAACCAUAAAACAGGAUCAGCAUAUUUCCAGGACUAUCAAAACGGCACCACACCUCAGCAAGAACGGUCAAAUGAGUUCAUUGAGUGGCUGCUUCACAUGUCAUGCUUUCUAGAGAUGUAGCUCCAGGGCACUAUUGUUACUUUCAAGUGUAGAGCAAAAACCAGAUCCUUGUCAGUAAGGAAGUAGGGCCUGAAUCCUCCCCCCCCCCCCCCCCCUUCCAAUGGUUAAUCUAGUCAUAUUCUGGAUUGUCCUUUAUUUUUUAUUUGCUAAGGGGAACAUAAGAAAGUAUAUGUAGAAGCAAAAGGAGAGGAGCUAUUGUUACCAUAUUUGUGAUUAUUGUUACCACCACAUAAUAAUAAUAAUAAAAGCUUUCCUUUGAUCUGCUA